AUGUUAAUAGAAUUUAAAGAAGGCUUCACUCCGCAGAUGGCGUGGCAGAAAAGAUGAAGCGAAGAAAUUGUCCGUGUCACGUAAGACCAGGAGAAACGCCCUCAAAACCCCGGAUCUCGUUCUUGGAGACAAAACGUGAUAUGGUCACAGCCCCGGUCUCAAAGUGGAGCCACGCGUGUCUCGGAUCGGCGCGCUCCUGCAGGGGCUAGGAUGCGCGCCGGGCACCUCCAGAUUUUUGCCCGGUUUCGGGUCUGACACCGAAUCGACUGCUUCGGGGCGCCGAGCCCGGAGAGCCCCCUCCACGCGGAGCAGGAUGCCCGUGAUGAGAGGUUUGCUGGCCCCGCAGAACACGUUCCUGGACACCAUAGCCACUCGAUUCGAUGGCACCCACAGUAACUUUGUGCUGGGGAACGCCCAGGUGCAGUCGCUCUACCCGAUCGUGUACUGCUCGGACGGCUUCUGCGAGCUGACGGGCUACGCCCGGGCCGAGCUCAUGCAGAAGAGCUGCGCGUGUCACUUCCUGUACGGCCCGGAGACCAGCGACCGGCACACGGCCCAGAUCCAGGGGGCGCUGGACGAGCGCAAGGAGUUUAAGACCGAGCUGGUCUUCUACAAGAAGGGAGGUACCCAGUUCUGGUGUCUGCUGGACAUUGUUCCCAUCAAGAAUGAAAAGGGGGAGGUGGUGCUCUUCCUGGUGUCCCACAAGGACAUCACCGACAACAAGAAGGACCAGGACGCCAACCAGGUGCCGGAGACAGAUGAGGAGACCGGGCUGGAGGUGCACCGGGUCACCCGCCCCCCCGGCUUCAACGCCAACCGCCGCCGCAGCCGGGCCGUCCUGUACCACCUGUCGGGACACCUGCAGAAGCAGGACAAGAGCAAGCUCAAGAUCAACAACAACAUGUUCGGGGAGAAGCCGCCCAUCCCGGAGUACAAAGUGGCGGCCAUCCAGAAGUCGCGCUUCAUCCUGCUGCACUACGGCACCUUCAAGGCCGGCUGGGAUUGGCUGAUCCUGCUGGCCACCUUCUACGUGGCGGUGACCGUGCCGUACAACGUCUGCUUCACCGUGGGCGGGAGCCGGGACGAGGGCAGCACCGCCCCCCGCAGCCCCCCCAGCGUCAGCGACAUCCUGGUGGAGAUCCUCUUCAUGCUGGACAUCGUGCUGAACUUCCGCACGAGCUACGUGAGCACGUCGGGCCAGGUGGUGUACGACGCCCGCUCCAUCUGCGUCCACUACGCCACCACCUGGCUGUUCGUGGACCUGAUCGCCGCGCUGCCCUUUGACCUCCUGUACGCCUUCAACGUCAGCGUGUACUUUGGCGUGCACCUGCUGAAGACGGUGCGCUUGCUGCGGCUGCUGCGGCUGCUGCAGAAGCUGGAGCGGUACUCGCAGUACAGCGCGGUGGUGCUCACGCUGCUCAUGUCCAUGUUCGCGCUGCUGGCGCACUGGAUGGCCUGCGUCUGGUACUUCAUCGGCCGCCGCGAGAUCGAGAGCAACGGCGCGGGAACCUGGGACAUCGGUUGGCUGCACGAACUUGGCAAACGGCUGGGCACCCCCUACUUCCUGCCCCCUCUGACCUCGCUGCUCGGGGUCUCCGAUUCGCUGAGCCCCGUGGCCAUGGACGGGACGGCGGCCAACGGCAGCCAGUGGAACUCCUCGGGAGCCGAGCUGCAGGGGCGGGACUCCUGGAACGCCAGCCAGUGGAACGGGACGGGGGCGGGGCUGGGGGGCGCGGGCGGGGGCGGGGGCACGGCGGUCUCGGGGGCGGGGCAGUGGAACGGCUCGGGGGCGGAGCUCGGGGGCGGACCCUCGGUGCGGAGCUCCUACGUGACGUCGCUCUACUUCGCGCUCAGCAGCCUGACCAGCGUGGGCUUCGGCAACGUCUCCGCCAACACCGACUCCGAGAAGAUCUUCUCCAUCUGCACCAUGCUCAUCGGAGCCCUGAUGCACGCCGUGGUGUUUGGGAACGUGACGGCCAUCAUCCAGCGCAUGUACUCCCGCCGCUCACUGUACCACACCCGCACCAAGGACCUGAAGGACUUCAUCCGCGUGCACCGGCUGCCCAAGACCCUGGAGCAGCGCGUGAUGGAGUGCUUCCAGACCACCUGGUCCGUCAACAACGGCAUCGACGUCAGCGAGCUGCUGAAGGACUUCCCGGACGAGCUGCGGGCGGACAUCGCCAUGCACCUGAACAAGGAGCUGCUGCAGCUGCCGCUGUUCGAGUCGGCCAGCAGGGGGUGCCUGCGCUCCCUGUCGCUCAUCAUCAAGACGUCGUUCUGCGCGCCCGGGGAGUUCCUCAUCCGCCAGGGGGACGCGCUGCAGGCCAUCUACUUCGUCUGCUCCGGCUCCAUGGAGGUGCUGAAGGACAACACCGUGCUGGCCAUCCUGGGUAAGGGAGACCUGAUCGGCUCGGACUCCCUGACCAAGGAGCAGGUGAUAAAGACCAAUGCCAACGUGAAGGCGCUGACCUACUGCGACCUCCAGUACAUCAGCCUGAAGGGCCUGCGGGAGGUCCUGCGCCUGUACCCCGAGUACGCCCAAAAGUUCGUCAGCGAGAUCCAGCACGACCUCACCUACAACCUGCGGGAGGGCCACGGAGCGGACACGGACUGGGAGAGCAACGGCGGCCUGGUGAAGAAGCUGCCGUCCAUUAAAGAGGACGAGGAGGGCGACGAAGAGGAGCGCUCCACCCUGUCCCGGGCCCCCCGGUCCCCUAUGAGGCUGACACGGGGCCUGAACUCGCCCCUGCGCUCCCCCCUGAUGCCCCCCCGCCCCUUCCGCUCCCCCACUGAGCCGCUCCGCCCCGCCACCCUGCAGAUCCCCCUCGUCAGCUUCAGCGGCGCCCCCCCGGAGCUCAGCCCCAGAUUUGUUGAUGGGAUUGAGACGGAGAGCCAUGUGCACUCAGCACAGAAGUUUGAGUUCAACACCGGGCUGACCCAGAGCACCCCCCCAUCACCCGCCAGAGGGAACCUUGACCAAUCAGAGACCAGGCAGAGCAUCACCAGGCUGAGUCAGGAGAUGAGCAGUCUGUCCCAGCAGGUGUCCCAGCUCAGCAGGGAGCUGCAGGAAAUGACACGCCUCCUCAGGCCCCUCCUCCUCGGCAACCAGCCAAUCCUCUCAACCGUGACGCCCACGCUGACUCCGCCCCCCAGCAGCGCCAGCGAGCCGUGCAUCAGCGGCCCCCCGGCGGCCCCCCAGCCCCCGCCCGCGCCCCCCUCCUCCCCGCUGCCACCGUCCUGCUCGCUGUUGGACAGUGCAGACACGGGGGGCGGGGGUCUGCUCAGCUGCCUGGUCCCCUCCCCCCCGCCCCACGUCGCCCUGCUACCGCCAAACCCGCCCCCGCCCCGCUCGGGCCGGUCCACGCCCUCCCCGAGCGAGGCGGUCACCCCCGGGGGGACGUCGCCCCCCUCGGCCCCGAAAAACGGACUGCCCCGCCCUCCCCAGGACGAGCGGGACACCCUCGCCUCCAGAACCCCCUCCCACUCCCUCUCCUUCUCCCUCUCCCUCUCCUCCGCCUCGUCCUCCUCCUCCCUCUCCCCCUGCCAGGGCCCCCACCUCUCCCGACUGGGCAGACACAGCAGGGGGCUCCUGCCCCCGCCCCCUUCUCAGGACACGCCCCCUCCUCCACCUCUGCUGUCCCACUGCUCCGCCCCCCCGUCGCUCAGCAGUUCCCCCGGAGACCACAGGCUGGGGGUCAGCCUGUCCUGCUCCUCGCCCCCGCCCCCCAUCCCGCCCCCUCCCUUGGCUCCGCCCCAUGGGCCGCCACCGUCCCCCCGCUCCCCCUCGUCCCCCCGCUCCCCCGGCUCUCUGGACUCCCUGAAGGACACGACGGCCAGCUUUGGCCCCCCCACCUGGCCCCCCAGCCCCGACGCCCCCCACCUGGAGCUGGAGAUGGACGAGUGGGGCGAGCGGUCGGAGCACAUCAGCUUCAUCGAUGAGGAAGACCCCCCGCUGUGAGGGGGGCGGAGACGAGCUGCGCAGACGCCGCCGCCGCGGGGGUGGGAGGAGGAAGAGGAGGAGGAGGAAGAGGAGUCCACUGAACGAGAGAGGAAACGUGACCUUGCCCCCCCCCCCCAUGGCCAUCGCUCCUGAGUGCUGGGAGGGGCGUCGUCGUUUUACCUGCACCGCCAGUCACCGUCCCCGCAUAACAGAGGCUGGUGGCUCCGCCCACCCCUGUGACAUCACCAGGGGAGACCCUUCACAGACUCUUCACCCUGGCCACCUCCAUCUCCUGAUCCCACCUGCCACCUGGGCUCGGUCACCUGCGCAGGGAGAACACCUGAGCACAGGAGUUUACAACACAGCGAGCCGCCUGUGGGCUGGCCUACUCCCUACUCUCUCAGCGUGUGAGGGGGAAAACUGGAGAGCUAAACAAGCUAACGAUGUAUUCAUAGGACCUCUUUUAAGUAUAUUAAGCAUCAUCCAGUGACAUCAUUUCAGAGGGAUGCAGCUGGCGGGGGACUGGAACAUUCCGUGCGGACUAGCAUUCAGCUGCGCUCAGCCAAUCGGACGACCGAGAAAGCCUGACCAACCCGUUGGCUGAAGGCCGACUCCCAUCUGUUCUGAGUUUGACAUAUCAUGUUUUAACCCAAAGAAGUUCCUUAUUUGCUUGCUGUAGUGGCCAUCUCCACUAUUUAGUGAAUGCUUUUUCUAGUUGGGGGGCCCAUAGAUAGACCACCAGCCACCCUGUAAUGCUAAGAAACCCCCCCCCCCCGCCCCC